GGGGCUGGAGAGGACUCGCCAGCAACUGCGUCUCGUGGGCUGAGUGCUCUGGGUUCCACGUGGGUUGACUGAGCUUUAAUUUGCAGAAAAAGCUGCUGCGGGCGCGACCGGAAGUGGCAGCAUGCUAAUUCCACUUUCAAUGAAGAAUUGCUACCGAUUACUUUGUCAGCACAAGGUCCCAGCAUCUGGCUUUAAAAGCCCACCCACACAUGGGCUCAUUUUACAGUCGAUCUCCAAUGAUGUGUAUGAAAAUCUGGCUAUAGAAGACUGGAUCCACGACCACGUACAUCUAGAAGGCAAGCCGAUUCUUUUCCUUUGGAGAAAUUCUCCUUCUGUCGUCAUCGGUAGGCAUCAGAAUCCGUGGCAGGAAUGUAACCUCCAUCUGAUGAGACAGGAAGGAAUCAAACUGGCUCGGAGGAAGAGUGGAGGAGGAACCGUGUACCACGACAUGGGUAACAUCAACCUCACCUUCUUUACCACCAAAACCAUGUAUGACAGAAUGGAAAAUCUGAAACUAAUCGUGAGAGCUCUAAAUGCUGUCCAACCCCAGCUAGAUGUGCAGCCUACCAAAAAGUUUGACCUGUUACUCGAUGGGCAGUUUAAAAUCUCAGGAACCGCAUCAAAGAUCGGCCGGACUGCCGCGUACCACCACUGCACCUUGCUCUGCAGCACCAACAGGAUAGCUCUGUCUUCUUCGCUGAAGAGCCCGUACCGCGGGAUAAAGAGCAACGCCACUCCCAGCAUCCCUUCCGCUGUCAAAAACCUUCUGGAAAGAGAUUCCACGCUGACCUGUGAAGUUCUGAUGAGUGCUGUGGCUGCAGAGUACGCGGCGCAUCAUCAAAUCGAUGAUCACGUCAACCUAAUAAACCCUGCAGACGAGACAAUGUUCCCUGGAAUAAACAGCAAAGUCAAGGAACUGCAAAGUUGGGAGUGGGUAUAUGGCAGGACUCCCAAGUUUACUGUGGAUACCACAUUUCAUGUGCCGUAUGAGCAGGCGCAGUUGGAAAUCCAAGUGUUCAUGGAUGUAAAGAACGGACGAAUCGAAACCUGCGAUAUUAAGGCACCCGAUCACUGGCUGCCGCUGGAAAUAGGUGACAAAUUAAACUCAAGUUUCAUUGGCAGCAAGUUCUGCCCCGUUGAAACCACCCUGCUAACGAAUGUAUUACUGAGAACAUGUCCAGGUGACUAUCACUUACACAGUAAAUGGAACAUUCUGUGUGAAAAAAUCAGGGGAAUAAUGUGACCCUAAUAACUUUGUUUAUAUUGGCAGUUUCAGUGAGAAAAAAACUUUAAAUUACAAUUUACUUUAUGUCUUUUAAGAAAUAGGGGUGUCAGUUUGAACCUGUUUGGUCUCGAGGCGGCCUGUCCCUACUUUCAACUCCUCAGCUUUUGUCAAACUUUGAUUGAUAAUCUGUUAAGGGUUUUGGCCCUUUCAGGGCCUCGUCCUUUUCCAUUUCUCCUCUCAUUAAACUUCAGAGAAGAAA